AUGCUGCCCAUUAACCUUGGCAAACUGCAAGCCGGACUUUCCACCACGUGUUUUGGACCCGCCAAGCUCGGAUUGUUUGGUGCGAGAAAGACAGCCAUUGAUUAUUCGAGUCCGAAGCUGGUCGUCGAAAGUGUUCGUCGUAGGAGAGUCAUUGUUUCCCUGGCGCUCGUGGUAAAACCGCAGGUAAUCCUCCCUCUUCUCCCUUCCAUAUCGACAUGUUUUUUGACAAUAUUAGAUACCGAUCCGAUGAGCCCGUCGGCGAUCCGACCUCGUGCGCAAAGUCGCGUGCCGGACACGUGCAUACGAUUCGACUUGACGGAUGAGGCCAUCUCUAUGAUCAAGAUCGCGAUAGAGUCGCAGACAUCUAGACCAGAUACCUUCAUGCCAGAAAGCUCUACGUCAUCGGUCUUCGCCCAAGAGACAUCUCUGUCACAAGCCUUCACCUCGUUGACGCUCGCGCCAUCGACAUCCACGGAACAAUUCCAUUCGGUGUUCAGGUUCUUGCACCUACCAGCUGAAGUGCGCAACCAGAUCUACGACCUCGCCGUCAAGAAUCUACCAUGCAAAAAUGAUCCAGGAUACAACAAGGACCUGCCCUUGAAUCUAUACAACCUUCACAUGCGAAUGCCCGGACUGGGCUUUACGUGCAAGCAAAUGUUCAGAGAAGUCCUAAGUAUUCAACUUUCAGGACAUGAGUCCAAAUUUCGCUGGGCAGGUCAUGAAUCUGGCGGCGCGCUCGACUUCUCCAUUAUCCAGACUCCCAUGCUCUCACAACGUGCAUGUCGCUGGGCGAAGCUAUGUGCCGCAGCAGGUGUCGUGAUCAGCCUGAGGCAUUUCAACUUUUGCUCAUCAUUCUCCCACGGAACAGAUCCGUCACACAAGAACCGCCUUUAUUGGAACAUCGAGGCGUCCGAAGGCGUAGUCAGUGUCAAGGCCGCUAUGGGGUCCAUGGAGGUGCCAGAGACAACCGAUUGCAUGGAGAUCUGGCGCAGCAACAUGGAGAGAGGAUUGAAGGAGAUCUUACAUCAGCAUGGGACCAAGGUGCUGGGUAUCGCUGAGCUUGGAGCAUUCCGUCUCCUGCUCCAACGCUUCUCGCUGCUCUCUCACUUCCGCGGUCGAAACAUAAACCCGGAGGCACUCAGAUCUGAUGAUCCAAAGAUGAUCAAGUUGAAGGCCGAGUAUCUUGGUUGCCAUCUUGAAACCCACCCCUGGGGUUUCUACCAGCAGACCAUGGCUUGA